AUACCGCAAAGAAUCGCUGUUCGAAGCACUACACACGGAGAGGCCCGUCGGGCCGCUCUCUCGCCUUCGGGGAAAUUCGUCGAGCACGGGGCAGAAAUGUCACUGGUAACCACAACAGGUUCAUCCACGCAGGGGGCGUAUGGCUCUCGGGCUCUGCUUGCUCUUUGGCUCUCGGCUUGGGUUCUGUCGCGGCUGGGUAUUCCAAACCUGGCUGGGGUCGGCCAGCGUGGUCAGCGUGCGUCCUCUGCCAUCGACAUAGACAGCCGCAUUCGCGUGCGGCUCGAGUCGGUGGGCAACCCGGAGAACGCCAUGUCUGCCUGCGCUGCGCUGCCCUGCCGGGCUGCUCGCUGUGAUGGUCCUCGGGAGGAGGUCAAAUGAGCGCUGGGGCUCGGGAGUCUCUCCCGUGGAUGGUUCGCUAUAGCACAGUUAUGCGAUUACGGGGUCUCUCGGCUGCAGCAAUGCGCGUCGCGAGCCCCGGAACUCAACGACGAUUAUUCUUGCGGUGUCUUCUCCCCACCCUCCCCCGUUUUC